AUGUCAGACGUUUCUGCAGCCAGCUCUGAGUACAGAUCGAGGUAUGCCACGAUGAGUGGAAGUCGGGAAUUGUUGGAAGCAUUGUUGCGUUUUCCGAAAAAGGAUAUUUUCGAUUGCGUUCCUUUGCAUUAUCUUGUGUUGAAAAUGAACGGAAUGGGUUGCAUCACUCCUCGUUUGGGAAUCCGCAAUGGAACGACCAUAACUACUGUGCUAGAUGUUUCCCUGUUUGUAGUGAACCUAGUGCUUGCCGUCAGCAUGAUGGUCUACGGGACGUUCUUCGCAGAGCGACCAUUGGAAUCGCCAAUCAUGUUCAUUGGUGUGAAGAUGGUAAACUUCACUUGUUACGCGUCAACCAUCUAUGGCUUGAUCAGUUGUUUUAUAAACCGUCAUGACAUCUGGAAGUUCUACAACCAGGCCUACGCCAUCGACAUCAUGCUCGCUAAGCUUGGCGAGCAAACUAACUUUAACCGCAGUUUUACGCUAUUCGUCAUGUACUAUGGCGCUGCAAUGGGUACUUGUCUGUUCAUGAUCAGCAUAUUGUACCGUGGAACCAUGCCCUGGCUGCUUUUGCUUAAUUUAAGCUACACCUACUUCAGCCUCACAACGUUUCAUAUCGUCAGUGUAACGUGUGUAGAGGUGGUUUGGGUGCGCAACCUACGCUUAAAUAGGGUGCUUCGCAGGCAGCUUUCUCUAGCUGAUAACGUAGUUGAGGCGCCAACACUCACAACGAGCGGUCCGAAUCAAAAAUUGGUACUACGCCAAAUCAUGCAAAUAUUUGAUUUGGUUUGCGAUCUGGCUGACGAAGGUAGUUUCUAUUACGGGAUGCAGAUUAUGGUCAGCAUUACAGGAUCUUUCGUUUUCUUACUGUUCUACACCUUUGCUUUUACGCUGGUCAUACGUUCGGUGCUCCCAUUCGACAGUGUGCUCCACGCUGGUCCUAUCAUGUCGUACUUGAUAUUUUUAUACAACAUAUUGAUAGUAGCUUGUUUCGGCAAUGCACUAAAACAGCAGGGAACGAUCACUUCGACGUUGAUCGACAGGGCCAUCAAUUCGACAAAUAAUGCAGAUAUAAUCGAGAUGUUACGCAUGUUUCUGAUGCAGCUGGGCCAUCGAUCACCGAUACUAACGUGUGGAUUGUUCCCCUUCGAUUGGACGCUGAUUUUCUCGAUACUUUCCACUGCAGCAACGUACAUCAUUAUACUUCUGCAAUUUGAAAGUGCUGGCAGCUCAGCCGCUUAA